AUGUCUAGUCAAAUUGCGACUCUGGAGGAAGAUCGCAAACAGUAUCAAGAGCAGCUCGACGUUGUUUAUGCCGGCCUCAAAGAUGACCCCGAUAAUGCUGAACUUAAAAACCUUCAGGCGGAGUUGAAUGACAUGAUUUCCCUCCUAGACGAGUCUCUUGCUGAGCUGCAGCCGAAGCAGGCACCCAAGCCCGCACCUCAGAAAGCCGCCAGCCCGCCGCCUCCCGAGAAGUGGUCCAAGGAGAACCACCCUGCCUUCAAGAAGGUCGCUCCCGCCCCCGAAGAGAAGGACGAUGCUGCGCCCGUUUCAUACCAGGUGAAUGACACCGUCAUGGCCAAAUGGGUUUCGGGUGACAGAGGGUUCUAUCCUGCGCGCAUCACCUCCAUCACCGGCUCGUCAACUGCGCCCAUCUACAUUGUCAAGUUCAAAAGCUACGAUAAUACCGACACGCUGCGGGCUAAAGACAUCCGUCCCAUGUCCACUAAGCGCAAGGCUGACGGAACACCAGCGUCCGGACUAAGCACUGCACAGCAACCCGCACAACCCACACCGCCGAGGCACACCGGGCCAUCAAAUGGGGUCGUCACAUCUGCUGCUGCCAGCCUGUACCCAGAGCAGCAAGCCAAGCUUGAUGCGGAGAAGAAUGCUGAUGGAGCUCCAAAGCCCCCCAAGGCCAAGAAGAUCAAGGCCACCAAAGAACUGGAGAAGGGCAAGAGCAAGUGGCAGGAGUUCAACUCCAAGUCAAAGUUCGGAAAGACUCAAAAGAAAGACAGCAUGUUCCGCACGCCCGACGGUGUCCACGGUCGAGUUGGCUUCACGGGCUCUGGCCAAGCCAUGCGCAAAGAUCCCACCCGAAGCCGACACGUAUAUCAGCAAAACGAGGAACUUGACUAA